GUCGAGUCUGUCAAAUUAUUUAUCAAAUUUCAAUCAGUGACUGUCGCAUCGUGGAGACUCGAAAAAUAAAAUGAAAUCCCAGUUCAACCGAAAAGCCAAACCAGAGCCAUCCACAACAUCUACAGCUAUAAAACCGAAGACGACAAUUAAACUGGAGGGUCCAAAACCGAUAUCCACGACGGUGGUGGUGAAGCGCCAGAAUUGCUGCCAAAACAAUGAUGGAGCAGCCGGAGUCACCGGAGGAGGUAACGCCGACGGAAAAAAUACCAAAGGCAAUUUUAGAGGGGGCAACACCGAUGCUGGUAAGCCCAAAGGAAGAAACUUUGGUGGAGCUAGCUCCAGAGCAAAUAAUUCCGGUGGAGCUAAUGCCGGAAGACGUGGUUGCUCCAGGGGUUGUAAUAACGGCAAGGAGUCCUACCAAUUCGUUCCGGUGCGCCGUAAACCCCUGGGCGAUUACAUGUUGCUCGAGGAGCCAACUUCUUCCAGUCUUCCAACCACAUCCUCAUCCCAGUUGCCGAACCAUCCUCAUUCCAUGAGUUACGCCGCCGCUGUAGAAUCCCAUCCCGUGUCUAAGCUUAAAAUCAAGGUGGUACUAUCUCCACGGGUUAAGCGGAUCAACAAUCAACAGCCGGUUAAACGGCCAAGUCCCAAGAGCUCACCCGGUGCCAGGGUGAAAAUGAACCCACCGACGCAGUCCAAGCCACACAUUGUCCACCAGGUGAUCCCGAAGUGGAAUAUGGCACAAAUUCCUCUACAGUCUCGCGCUGCCCAAGGAAGUUCCAACUCCCCGAUCAACUCGUCGCCAGCAACGGGCAGUAAGAAGUGGAAAAAUUCAAGAAGAUCUAGGAAGGCCUUGCAAAGGCAGAGGGCAGCAGAGGCUGCUUCUAUAGAUGCCCAUCAACUCCCACAAGAGAGUAGUGAUCUGCAGAGUUCCUCGUCGAAAUUCUCUGAUGUUGUCACCUAUUUGGACUAUCACCAUGAGCGAAUGCAGCGUAUCCUGGCUCAACAAACGGCUGGACAGCAACCUUAUCCCAACCGUGGCCAGGUGAAAUCCUGCAAGAACGUUGUCGAACUUCCAGGUCACAGGUCCCUCUUCGAUUUCGAUGAUCGGCUUUUCAAACGCGGCGAUCUGGAGGCCACCGCCCUAUUGGCCCAGAACAAGGCUAUGUUGCACAAGUGGCUGAACCCCAGCACGUUGAUCUCCUAGGCAGCCCCGACGACUCAACAAAAAUCUUUUCAAAAUGCAAAUUUACCAGUUAGUUUUCUGUGUGUUUAGUUUUUGUGUUGCAUAAAAUUUUCUGAUCAAAAUUUUAAGAUCAAUCUUAGCAAGCGAUCAAUCAAUUUGAAAUUUGCAGCUUAUACAGAUUGAAUUAAAAAUUUGAGUAUAUAUUGGGAAAUAAAUAGGUUUUAAUUAAUAUCUAACUACUUCCUUUUUCUCAGCGCAUUUUCUUCCUCGAUUUUUCCUAACAUUUCCCCCUUCAUUUCUCAACGUUUUGAAGUUUGUUGCUGUAGUCAUUUGUCACACGAAAGAGAUGCAAAAAUUAAAACAUGGCCCAGUGAAAAGUGAUGGCCUAUUGGGGCGACCAAAAGAGAGGGAGGUCAUUGGCGGGGUCAGGCAAGUGCAAAUAUGUGCCAGGAGCCAGCAGCCAGGAGCGGAGGUGCGCAGAAGCCAAAGGGGGCCUGACUUCUCGUUAAGUGGCAAACGAAGUCAAACGGACGGCGACGCUUUUAUUUUUGAUGCUUCGCUGCCUCUUUGUGUGACUUCUGCUCUCUACUUUCCUCCUCUUUCAACGCUCGAUUCGUGCCCUGCGAAAUUGGCCAGAAAAGGUUGGCCAAAAACUGGCACGUUCCUAUAGCCUGCUAGCUAGAGAGCUAAAGAGCUACACAGAGCUCUCUUUCUCGAUCCCCCCAACCAACUUCCCAUGACAACAUGACAACAAAGAGGUCAUUUACUUUCCUUGCGAGCAUGAAAUAAUCGUUCGUCGUGGCUGUGACUCUGAAAAAAAGAUGUAAAAACAUCGAAAACAGCUCCAAAAGUCAGGCCAAAGCCAAACAAAGCGCAAAGCAAAAGUCAAACUCACAUAUUUCGUGCAAAAUAAACCCCAAAAUGCAACAAUGACUACUAUUGGUAAUGUGGCAAAAUCAAAUUGCAACUGAAAAAUACUCUUUAUUAAGGAUUUUAUGAUAUCAGAAGUCAUUAUAACCAAAAAAAAAACUACUAUUUAAGCACUAAACUUAACUGCCAAUCAGGAAUUUCCUUGGAGAACUAAAAACUUUAGAGUAUAUCGAUCGAAAUGGGAAGAGUAAACAAUAUAUUUUAAAAUACUUAUUAAUUUGUUACUGAUUUUAUGUUUUAUGUUUGCUACACAUUUAUAUGUAUAAAAAAAACAAACAAAAAUCGUUUUUUAGUUUAAAAAAAAAUACCUAAGACAUUUCAAAAUUCCUAUAUACCCUUAAACUUUAAUACAAAAUGCGGCAGGAAGGAAAAUAUAAAGCUGAGAGAUAAAUGAAAUUGGCAACAGAAGCGACAGCCACAGAGGAUAUAGGCACGGGAACAGAGGCCCACUUUAUAGGCUAACCAGUCAACUUGACUUCUCCAUUCCGAAUGGUUUGGUUUUUAAUUUUUUUUGGUAGAAUCAAAAAUCGAUUAACAAAGCGCCGGCAGCGAAUGCGAUGCGAUGCAAUGCGCCGCGAAAAGCCGCAAAACUUUAACGGAACAUUUAAAAAGGCAUUUUCUUUCAAACGAAUUCGCGUGCGAAUCUCUCUGUCUGUGUGUGUUUUUAUCUAUAUCUAUAUAAACUUAUAUCUGUACGAGAAAGACAGAAAUAAGAGAUAAUUGGUAUAAAAUACCCGUUUAUUGCUGUCACGAGUAUCGAUUUCUAUAUCAGGAUGUGUCACGUGCAGAUAGCAGCCAAAGCAAAUCCUCCUUCUAAGUCUCUAAAAUUCUAUCGUCGUUAGCAUUGGGGUGAUUCAGGAGAAAUGUAUAGUAAAUAUUUGCCUUGAAUGAAGUAAUACUAUUGUUCAAUUUUCAUGGUAAAAAAUUACACAGUCAUGGCAUAAGCAAACUACAUUGAAACAUCGCAAAAACAAUAGCUUAAACUUGGCUUCUGAUCUCAUCAUAGGCUUUUAUUAGUCACGGGAUUUUUAUUGCUGCAAAAAGCAAGUACAGUGUUAAUUCACAUAAAGCUUUUUAGGCAAAACACAACUAAAUAGUAGUAAGCAUCUAUCAAUUUUAAAUUCUUACUUUAAUAUUCAAAAAUUGAGGAUACCAUUUCAAAAACUUCCUAUUUAAAAAUUUAAAAUUAUUCCAUUAAAUCCAAAUUUUGAUAAAUCAGUUUCCUCAGAAAUACAGAUAACAUCAUAGCCAAGCCAAUUCAGUCAUUUGAAACACAAAAAUUCCAACAAAAAACUCACUCAAUUAGUAAAGCUCUCAUUCAGUAAUAAAAAAAAAACUAAAAUGAUUGAUCCCCUCUGCAUAGCAAUAAUUUAUUUUGUCAAGCCUCUGACCUCAUAUGGCGUCCUAUUGCUCAACUUUUAUAGUCUGUUGUGAAAUGCAUGCAUUUAAAUUAUUUCGCAAUCGCAGACACACCCCAGGCAGCAGCAGCAGCAGCAACAAAAGGCAGGCGCAAGUUAAACAUGAAACUACACAAGAAAACUAAUGCAACUUAAUGUAAAGGUAAACUUAUACUCCUCAAACUACAGGCCACCUACCACCCCCCUUUCAUCAAAUGCCAUGUUUACAAGUCUCAGCAUUUCCAUUAGGCGCAAAAACACACGCAGACGCACAUAAAUGUUUUAUAACCGACUUCGGUGCGUCUGUCUUGUGACUCUAAAAUAGUUCUUCAUUACUCCAUUGUCUAUAAUUAGAAAAUGAAAAUGCUGACUGGCGAGGAGGAGAUGAGACGACUCUAGAAAGACGAGACUAUAAUUAGGUUGUGGUUGUUGCCAAAGGGUGAGGGGGUUUUUUACAGCAGAGGGUAAGGGGUCUUGGGAUUGACACGUUUCAACGCUGUUUGAUUCUCGAUGCUGAUUGCCAAUCGGAAUUUGUUGAUGGAUUCAAUUCGAUUUCAAAGGGGAGAGAGCCGAAUCGAACCGUUUCGAUUCGUAAUGUAAAUGUUUGUCUCGAAUCGUGCGUUAUCAGCUUCCAAAUUUCAACGAAACAGCAACACAGACCCUCAAAACAUAAACACAGAUUGACAGACAGCCCCAAGCCAAGGGCAAAAAAUAAAAUGGAACUAAAAGAGGGGCCUCCAGUUGUAGUCUCAAGUCUCAGACUUAGAAACAAACAAAAGUUCAAUAAAAAUAAACUGGAAUUAAGCGUAAGCCAAUAAGCCCACGGGCACGAAAAAAUAAGAAACGAAAGCCCCACUUUGCCUGCACUUACAGCUGUCUUUGGCGUCUUAGUUGGAAAACUAAUUAUAUAAAAUGAAAACCGAUUGAGCUUGAUUCGAAUUUAAUGUUGCUUAUCAAACUGGCAUAAUUUGAAACUUGUUCCGGUCACAUCCCGUAAUUAUAUUUAGAUAAUGUUAUUUAAACAUUUUAAAUUUAGAAAGGAGUAUUUUGUUGAAUCGUGAAGGCAAAGAUCGAAUACUUAUAAUUCUGAAAAAUUUU